CAAAUAUUUUUUCUUUACUCAUAAAAAAGCAAAUGAAGAUAAAAAUAAAGAAAAAGAAAAAAAAAUCGAAACCGAUUUUAAGCUUUCUCCUCAAACAUUGAUGAUGGGUGUACAGAGUGAGGAUUGAGCAGAGCAGCAGCCAUGUGCAACGGCUCGGUUUCGAGUUCGGACUCGGAUUCGGGCUCAAACGGGUGGGCAAAGGCCCGUGGUAUUGUACUGAAAACCUUGGUCGUAGUCGGCGGCGCGUUGCUGCUUAAGCGUCUCACCAAGUCCACCACUCGCUGGGACCACACGCGCAUCGUUUCAGACUCACUCGCCGGCGAGAAGUUUUCGAGGGAGCAAGCAGCGAAGGACCCGGACAAUUAUUUCAAUUUGAGAUGGCUUUCAUGCCCAGCAGCAGAAAUGGUGGAUGGUUCAAGGGUUUUGUACUUCGAACAGAGAUUUUUCAUGGUAAAGCCUUGUUCGAAGGACAUGAAAUGUGAUGUUGAGCUUAGUACCUAUGCAAUCCGUGAUUCGGAGGAAUACAAGAACUUCUGCGAUCGGUCAAAGGACCAAAGGCCACAGCCUGAAGAAGUAAUUGGGCAAAUCCCACAGGACAUUGCAGAACAUUUGACCACCAUUUACCUCAAACGAUGUGAUCGAGGCAAACGUUGUUUAUAUGAAGGCUCAACUCCUCCAGAUGGAUUUCCUAAUUCAUGGAAUGGGGCAUCAUUUUGUACAUCGGAACUUACAGUUAUGAAGAACAGCGAAAUACACACGUGGGAUAGAGGCUAUGAUGAGAAUGGGAAUCAAGUCUGGGGAGGAAAGGAUGGGCCCUACGAGUUUAAACCUGCUCCACAGUCGAGUUAUAGCGAUCCAUUUUCGUCAUUAACUUUUCCACCGCAAUUCAUGGAGAAAAGGAUAGAUGGUUCGUUUGUUCUCCAAGAAUGAGUACUUUUUAUUGUUUCAUCCAUCACAUUUGUAAUAUAGCAAGACCUUUGCAGAUUACAUCAUCUUAAUCUUGUUUCCUUUUGCUCCCAAUUUUGUACUGUAAAUAAUCUCCUGAUUGUUUUUUGUUGAAGUAUAAAUUAGUAGGUGCAAUGGGGUUCUUGAGUAUUUAGUAAUAUUAUCACUGUACUAAGCCUAGUUGUUAGGCGUCACGACUUUUGCCUUAGUCAGUCAUUGUAGGUGCUCCAACAAUUAGGCGGUGCUUAGGCGGAGCCUAGGAUACUAUGCAGCUGUGAAGUAACUUGCGCCUAAGCGGUCUUCGUGUCGUGUAGCAGUGUAGGUGCCUGUAAUU